AUGACUGAAACAAUCUCGCCGAAUUACUUGGUGAUUGGCGCGGGCGCUAUGGGAAUGGCUUUUGUUGAUACUCUGGUUACAGACACAAACGCCACUGUGGCUGUGGUUGACUGCUACGCUCGCCCGGGAGGUCAUUGGACAAUUGCGUAUCCUUUUGUACGCCUGCAUCAGCCGUCUGCAUUCUACGGCGUAAACUCUCGGCCCCUUGGCGAGGACAAGGUUGAUCAAGUUGGAAUGAACAAAGGCAUGGCCGAGCUGGCGACUAUGGAUGAAAUAUGUGCCUACUACAGCAAGGUGAUGCAUCAGACUUUCCUCCCAUCUGGCCGUGUCACGUAUUAUCCAAAGCACGAAUAUAUGGGCGACGGAGAGUUCCGGUCAAUUCUUACGAACAAGGUUAUCCGUGUCGGAGACAGUACCCGGAUUGUGGAUGCCACCUACAUGAAGGUGAAAGUCCCCGCCAUGAGUCCACCUUCCUACGAGGUCGCGAAAGACGUGAGUCUCAUCACACCCAACGAUCUGCCCAAAGUUUCACGACCUCAUGGUGGAUAUACUGUGGUCGGUGCCGGUAAAACGGGGAUUGAUGCUUGUCUAUGGCUCAUAGCCAAUGGGAUUGAUCCAAAAGACAUCUCGUGGAUCAUGCCCCGCGACUCAUGGUUCAUUGAACGUAGCGGUUUUCAGCCUGGGCCUAGGUUCGCUGCAAAGACCGCGGCCAGGCUCGCAGGAAUUAAUGAAGCGAUUAUGUCGGCCUCGUCGUUAGACGACCUGUUCCAUCGGCUCGAGGCUUGCGGGGAGCUGAUGCGGGUGAAUGACAAGGUGUGGCCCACCAUGUUCAAGUGUGCCACGGUCACCAUCCCCGAGCUCGAACAGAUCAAAAAAAUUGGGACGAUAAUACGGCAGGGACGAGUCCUACGCCUUGAUGUGGACAAGGUCACGCUGGAAACCGGCACUCACGAACCCGUACCAGACACGCUUUACAUCGAUUGCACUUCCGAUGCUCUAGCAAAACUGGAUCCAGUGCCAGUGUUUAGUGGCAAUCGCAUCACUCUUCAGCCAGUCCGUCAUUGCCAACAAGUGUUCAGCGCUGCUUUCAUCGCCCACGUCGAGGCCACGUAUGGAGAUGACAAAGUCAAGAACGAACUUUGUCGUGCCAUCCCACAUCCCGACAAGGCCAUAGACUGGCCCAUUGUCAGCCUUCAAUCAUAUCAAAACGGGCUGCGAUGGAGUGCAGAGGCAAAGACAGUCGCCUGGCUGAAGCAAGCCCGAUUAGACUGGUUUGGCAGCCUUCAAUCACCAGGGUCUGAAGACCCUGCAGAAAUCGCGAAGUUCUAUGCUGGAAGGAGGGCAAAAGUUGAAAGUGUCUGUGUCAAACUUAAAGAAAUCAUCAAUAAGUUUCCCGAGGAGGACGCAAUGAAAGCAAAGGCUGAGCUGGCGAGAUUUUAA